UCCGUUUACAUUGACGCGAGUUCACUUCUACGGAUGCCACCGUGCGAUUUUUGCUGUCCAAUCUAAACAUGUCGACGAUUAAUUUACCUCUAAAUUUAACCGUGCGCGUGCAUCCGGUGGUGCUGUUCCAGAUUGUGGACGCCUACGAGCGACGUAAUGCCGACUCGGAACGUGUUAUCGGGACGCUGCUGGGUUCUGUCGACAAGGGUGUCGUGGAGGUGACUAACUGCUUCUGCUUGCCCCACAAGGAACACACCGACCAGGUGGAGGCGGAACUGGGCUACGCGUCCGAUCUGUACGAGCUGAACCAGCGCGUCAAUGCGUCGGAAAACAUUGUCGGCUGGUGGGCAACGGGCCAGGAGGUUACGAACCACAGCUCGGUCAUCCACGAAUACUAUGCCCGUGAGUGCACGAACCCGGUCCAUCUGACGCUGGACACCUCGCUGACCGGUGCCCGCAUGGGUAUCAAGGCGUACGUGUGCGUGUCGCUGGGCGUCCCCGGUGGCAAGAGCGGCUGCAUGUUCACGCCGAUCAACGUGGAGGUGACGAGCUACGAGCCGGAAAUCGUCGGUCUGCAGCUGUGCAUGAAGACGAUCGGCGUGCAGUCGAACCCGAGCCGCCCGCGCACCGUUUCGCCGAUGCUCGAUCUGGCGCAGGUGACCGAUGCCUCGGACAAGCUGCUGGCCCUGCUGUCCGACGUGCUCGCCUACGUGGAGGACGUGCUGAGCGAGAAGCAGCAACCGGAGAACACCGUCGGACGCGCGCUGCUCGAUCUGAUCCACUCGGUGCCGAACAUGACGGGAGACCAAUUUGCGCAAAUGUUCAACUCGAACGUCAAGGACUUGUUAAUGGUGGUCACGUUGUCGCAGCUAAUUAAAACCCAACUGCAAUUGAAUGAAAAGCUAACGUCACUCACAUCGUUCCUCAACUGAGAAGGGGUGCAGCGCAAUUGUUAAACCGCAGCUUAGCUGGCCAACGGCCGGCUAGGAAAGGAACAGAGGAGGCAUAGAGGAGGAUUGCUUGUGCAGGAGAGGAGAAGAGGGGUGGGGUCUGUGUCAGGUGUCCGAAAAACAGUGGACGAUAACGAUAAAUUAUUCCAGACUUGAAAAUCGUCGUACGGUAUUAAUAAACGACAGCAUUAUCGUGCUGGGGAAUGAACACAGAAAAAAA